UCCUCUCCAGCUCCAUAAAAGUUCCACCCACUCGUCGGCGCUGUCAUGGCGGGUGUGCUGAAGAAGACCAGUGGCCUUGUGGGAUUGGCUGUGUGCAACACUCCACACGAGAGGCUGAGAAUAUUGUACACAAAGAUUCUUGAUGUUCUUGAGGAUAUCCCUAAAAAUGCAGCUUAUAGAAAAUAUACAGAACAGAUUAUAAAUGAGAAGCUGGCUAUGGUUAAAACGGAACCAGAUGUUCAAAAAUUAGAAGACCAGCUUCAAGGUGGUCAAUUAGAAGAGGUGAUUCUUCAGGCUGAACAUGAACUAAGUCUGGCAAGAAAAAUGGUGCAGUGGAAAACAUGGGAGCCAUUAGAAGAAGAACCUCCUGCCGAUCAGUGGAAAUGGCCAAUAUAAUUAUUAAGUGAUUUUGGUGGGUUGAUGGGAAACUGAUGUAAUUAAAUAUUCUAUUCUAUUAAGAGCAUGUUCAUUGACAUAAUCAAGAAAACUGAUAUAGAAAAUAUCUAGGAAACUUAAAAUUAGUGAUUAUGGUAAUUCGGUCAUGUGAAUCCAUUUUUGAUUUGUAAAGUAGUCACACAAAUUAUUUCAAAGAUAUUUCUAUGAACAGAGACGUCAUGGGAAGAUUUGAGAAUUAAUUAGAAAAAUUCCUACAGAUCUUCAGUAUAGAGGCCAUAAUCAAAAAGUAAAGUUUCUUUAGUAGUAUGUUCAAUAUAUCAUUCAUUUUAAAAAAUUAUCCUGAAGAAGAAAAGAAAAGGUCCUUAGUUAUUAUGGUGUAAACAAAUUUAUAGAUCACUGUUUAGAAAAUGAGUGAUAUUUUCAAAUGUGAUAAAAUAGCACAAAUGACUGGUAAUAAAAUUUGAAAUUAUGGUUAACCUCCUUAACUGUGAUCUUACGGAUGUAAAGUAAAAUUUAAAUAUAUAGUUAUAUAUUGAUUACAAAAUCCAUAAUGCCAUUUUGUUUUAGUCAUUAUUUGAAUUAUACCAUUUACUCUGUUUUCUUAGUCUUAAUUUUAUUACAUUUUGUUGUUACUAUAUUUGAAAACCAUCAAAUUAGAAUACGUUGUACAGUUGAAGAAAUUGACUUGGUACUUGAAAGAAAUAUUUUCCACUGCAUAGAGGUACUUGGAAAAACUUUUCCUUUUGUUGUAUUUGUGUAAGUUAGCUUUCUGGCCCAUAGCCUUUUAAUUUUUUAAUCAACCUAAUUACAUCAGGAUAGAGGUAGAAUUUCUGUAAAAGAAGAGACAUUAAGAGUUCCUGAAAUUUAUAUCUGGCAAAUGGGUAGGCUUAUAUUCAAAACAUCUUAGUCAUACGGCUAUAAAUUCAAAGUGGAAUCACUAAGUAGUUUGCAGUACGUUUCUAAUAUAAGUGUAGGUGGGUAUCAAAACAAGACAAAUGCUGUUCAGGGAAAGAAGUUGGCAAGGUUAAAUUUAAACAAAAAUAAAAUUACAUGUGUUUUUGCCUUUUAAAAAAAAAAAAAAAGUUCCACCCUCCUAGAACAAUCCUCUAAGUUCACCAGUCUGCACCAACACUUCCGCUUCACCUUAAGGGGAAGAGGGUAGCCACGCGUUUCCCCUCGCCUUUACCCUCUGGCCAAGGUACAGCUUGUCUCAGUGUAGCACCAGAUUAGAGGGCAGGCCCUCCACUCUGCCUGGUCUCAGCCUCAAAACCAGUCUGUCUGGGAGCUAGGACAGAGACUAUGUGAGGUAUUUUGGUCAGAUGGCUCAGAAAACAAAUUCUGUGGCUGCAGGCUCUAUUUUCUUCCAUAUAGAGCCUGCGGCCUUAAAGGCUGUUCAGAAAUGUAGGCAGACCAACUGGACACAUUAGAUGGCUCUAUUAGAUUAAAGCUUUACCGUUUAGUUAAAGAGUCUUCCAACAUCAAGGAAGGAAGGAUACAUCAUGAAAACCGCAGUACUGGGAUGAUAAGUUAGCUAAUUUAGACAAAAAAUAGUCCCUUACCUCUACCAAAAGCAAAAUGAACUUCUGAUGGAUUAAAAUUAAAUAUCUUUAAAUUUCACAAAUAGAAAGAAUAUCAAAAUGAAUAUUUAUUAAACCUGUAGGGGUUGGAAGACUUUCUAAGCUUAGAAAGAAUGACCAGUUAAUGAUUUUUAAAAAUUUUUUGCUGAUAAUUUAACUUAUUGAAGUAUGCUGCAAAUACAACUAACUGUAUCCAUUUAAAGCUUUGGCAGAUGUAUACAUUCAUGAAACCACCUUUACAAUCAAACCGAAAUGUUUCCUCAUGCCCUUUUGUAGUUCAUCUUUCCCUCCGCUCCUGGGUUCAGGCAACCACUGAUUAGCUUUUGUCACUGAAUAUUAGUUUGCAUUUUCUAAAAUGUUAUAUAAAUGAACGUCAUCCAUUCUGUACCCUUUGAGUCUGGCAUUUUCCACUCAGCAUAGUGAUUUUUAGAUUCAUCCAUGUUGUGUAUGUUAAUAGUUAGUUCUGGGCCCGGCACGGUGGCUCAUGCCUAUAAUCCCAGCACUUUGGGAGGCCGAGGCGGGUGGAUCACGAGGUCAAGAAAUCAAGACCAUCCUGGUCAACAAGGUGAAACCCUCUGUCUACUGAAAAUAAAAAAAUUAGCUGGACAUGGUGGCACGCGCCUGUAGUCCCAGCUACUUGGGAGGCUGAGGCAGGAGAAUUGCUUGAACCCAGGAGGCGGAGGUUGCGGUGAGCCGAGAUCGUGCCAUUGCACUCCAGUCUGGGUAAACAACAGCGAAACUCCAUCUCAAAAAAAAAAAAAUAGCUUAGUUCUCUUUAUUGCUAAAUAGUAUUCUAUUGUAUGGGUACAGCAUAAAAUUUAUCAAACUAAUUUGUAAUACGAAAUCCUUUAAAAUGUAUUUCAGGGGAUGGGGAGGGUUUGAUCAAUAGAUACAAAGUUAGAGAAGAUAAGUAGGUUGUAGUGUUCUGUUGCACAGUAGGGUGCCUGCAGUCAACAGUAAGGUGUUGUAGAUCUCAAAAUAGAAGAGAAAGAGAAGAUUCUGAAUGGUAAAUGUUUGUCGUGAUGGAUUUCUCAUUUCCCAGAUUUGAUCAUUACAUGAUGUAUACAUGUAUUGAAACAACCCAUUAUAACCCAUAAAUAUGUGCAUAUGUGUCAAUUAAAAAUAAAAAAAAUUUUUUUAUGGCGGGGGCAAUGGCUUAUGCCUGUAAUCACAGCACUUUGGGAGGCUGGGCCAGGUGGAUCACCUGAGGUCAGGAGUUCAAGACCAGCCUGGCCAACAUGGUGAAACCCCGUCUCUACUAAAAACACAAAAAUUAACUGGGCAUGGUGGCUUAUGCCUGUAGUCCUAGCUACUCAAGAGGCUGAGGCAGGAGAAUCGCAUGAACCUGGGAGGCAGAGGUUGCAGUGAGCCAAGAUUGCGCCACUGCUCUCCAGCCUGGGCUAUGGAGUGAGACUGUCUCAAAAAUAUAUAUAAUAAUAAUAAUAAUAAUGAUAAUUUUUUAAAAGUAUUUCAGACCGUGUGUGGUAGCUCACACCUGUAAUCCCAGCACUGUGAGAGGCUAAGGCGGGUGGAUCAUGAGGUUAAGAGAUCUAGAUCAUCCUGGCCAACAUGGUGAAACCCCAUCUCUACUAAAAAUUAAAAAAUUAGCUGGGCAUGGUGGCACAUGCCUGUAGUCCCAGCUACUCGGAGGCUGAGGAAGGAGAAUCACUUGAACCCGGGAGGCAGAAGUUGCAGUGGGCCAAGAUUGUGCCACUGAACUCCCUCCUGGCAACAGAGCAAGACUCUGUCUCAAAAAAGUAUUUCAAAAGGCAAAUUUUUAAAACUGGGAAAAACAUUUUUGGUGAUUUUAACAAAUGAGUUAAUUUUUUUUUUCUACAAAGAGUUUUAUCUUUAUUAGCAUGUAAACACUGAGUCCCAGGUCAGAGGUAUUUAAAGUUUAUGAGGCUACUUUAACAGAUAGAAGAAAUUGCAUCAGAAACAGCCUCUUGCUAUCACAUGUAACAGUAAAUUAGCAUUUACUGGUUUUUUUUUUUUUUUUGAGACGGAGUUUCGCUCUUGUUACCCAGGCUGGAGUGCAAUGGCGUGAUCUUGGCUCACUGCAACUCCGCCUCCUGGGUUCAGGCAAUUCUCCUGCCUCAGCCUCCUGAGUAGCUGGGAUUACAGGCACGCGCCACCAUGCUCAGCUAAUUUUUUUUUGUAUUUUUAGUAGAGACAGGGUUUCACCAUGUUGACCAGGAUGGUCUUGAUCUCUUGACCUUGUGAUCCACCUGCCUCGGCUUCCCAAAGUGCUGGGAUUACAGGUGUGAGCCACCGCACCUGGCCGCAUUUACUGUUAAAUAAUAUACUGUUAAAGUAUACUAAUUUGUACUAAAGAAUAAAUGCUGAAAAACUGUUGGCAGAGGAGAACACCACACGUGGUGGCACAUGCCUGUAGUCCCAGCUACUCGGGAGGCUGAGGCAGGAGAAUCCUUGAAUCCAGGAGGCGGAGGUUCCAUCAGCCAAGAUCACGCCACUGCAGUCCAGCCUGGGCACCAGAGCGAAACUCCAUCUCAAACAAAAAGAAAGAGCGAGCUGGGUGCAGCGGCUCAUGCCUGUACUCCCAGCACUUUGGGAGGCUGAGGCGGGUGGAUCAUGAGGUCAAGAGAUCGAGACCAUCCUAGUCAACAUGGUGAAACCCCAUCUCUACUAAAUACACAAAAAAUUAUCUGGGCAUGGUGGCGCGUGCCUGUAAUUCCAGCUACUCAGGAGGCUGAGGCAGGAGAAUUGCCUGAACCCAGGAGGCGGAGGUUGCAGUGAGCCUAGAUGGCACCAUUGCACUCCAGCCUGGGUAACGAGCGAAACUCCGUGUCAAAAAAAAAGAAAGAAAGAAAACAAUUCCAGGGCUGGAUUCAGUGGCUCAAGCCUGUAAUGCCAGCACUUUGGGAGGCCAAGGCAGGCGGAUCACUUGAGUCUGGGAGUUUGAGACCAGCCUGGGCAACCUGGUGAAACUCUGUCUCUACAAAAAAGUAUUACUAUUGUUAUUUUUUUUUUUAGAUGCAGUCUCGCUUUGUUGCCCAGUCUGGAGUGCACGGCCUCAAAAUUUUUUUUUAAUUACUGGGGCAUGGUGGCACGUGCCUGUAGUCCCAAGCUACUUGACAAGUGAGGUGUGAGGAUCGCCUGAGCCCAAGAGGCAGACGUUGCUGUGAACUGUGAUCAUGCCACAGUGUGCUCUAGCCUGAGCAACAGAGUGAGACUCUGUCUCAAAAAAAAAAUUCAAUUUACAAUAGCAUCAAAAAGAGUAAAGUACUAAGGAGUAAAUUUAACCAAAAAAGUGCAAGACUUGUGCACUGAAAACUGUAAAAUAUUGCAGAAAAAUUAGACAAUCUAAAUGAAUGGAAAAAAAUCCAUUUUCAUGAAUGGAUUUAAUAUUAAGGCAGUACUUCCCAAGGCAAUCUACAGAUUCAGUGCAGUUUGUAUUAAAAUCCCAACAGCAUUUUUUGCAGAUAGAAAAAACGGCCAGGCGGUAUGGCUCACGCCUAUAAUCCCAGCAUUUUGAGAGGCUGAGGCGGGUGGAUCACUUGAGGUCAGGAAUUUGAGACCAACCUGGCUAGCAUGGCAAAACCCUAUCUCUACUAAUAAUACAAAAAUUAACUGGGCGUGGUGGCACAUGCCUGUAAUCCCAGCUACUUAGAAGGUUGAGACACAAGAAUUGCUUGAACCUGGGAGGCAGAGGUUGCAUUGAGCCGAGAUUGUGCCACUGCACUCCAGCCUGGGUGACUGAGUGCAACUAUGUCUCAAAAAAAAAAAAAAAAAAAAGAAAUAGGAAAA